UAUUCUAGUACUGAUACCCAAGGGGUGAGUGAGAGUAUAACUUGUGUCAGGUAGUCUGUCAUCUUGCAACAGCGUACCAUGACGACCAACGCAGUAGCUUCAUUUUAUGUAAACCAUAUAACAAGAAUUGAAUUGGCGAUUGGAUACUCACAUUGAAAGGUUCGUUUUAACACUCGCCUCGAGGAAACGGAUCUCAUCUACAAGUGUAACGUAUAUAUCGCUUGGCAUUUGAACUUUUUUAAUUGCAAUGGCGUCUGCGUUUGGUGAUCAGUCUUAUUCUAAGCUUCCUCCAAUUCGAAAAGGCUCAAACGAAUCACAACAUCACGACGAAGGAAAAGAAACUGAUUCUUCUCAUCUAAUUGACUUUAAUCGAGAAGGACACGGACUCGUUCGCUUGCCUCCGAUUAUUCGAGUCGACUCUUCUUUAAACACGACAAAACAAAGAGAAAGUCCUACAAGCGUUAUUUGCUCGGAGAAUAAAGACUCGUUCGUCUCUUCUCGGCGACUUUCGACCGACCUUACUUCAAAACGAAAACUUUAUUCAUCACAGUCUGAUUUACAGCUGCAUGAAGCAAGAAGAGCAGAUGAAAAAAGAAAAUUAGACGAAAAUACUACAAAUGAUUCUUCCGAUAAUUAUACAAGAGAUUCGCAUCUGGUCAAAAGUGACACUCAUGGCUGUACAAUUCCACGCUUGGAAAUAGAUACGUUUUGGGAGAAUAAUCUGAAUGAUAGCAAGGCAACGUCGUUACUUAACACUCGACAGGUCGAUCGUAAUUCUAGGCGAGCAAGCCUUAUAGCAGCAGAGCCACAAAAGCUUCAUCGAAGCAGACGUCUUGCAAAGUCUUCCCCUGAGCUGUCUUCCACGAGGAAAAAGUACAAUUCGCCAAUAAAAGAAUCUAAAGUAGCGUCGAAAGGACGUGCGGAUGUAGAAUCGAUUGCCGCUUCUUGUUCUGCAUCUGAUAGUAAAAAUGAACAGUUACAAUUUGAUAUUUCGGUAAAUAUUUCAUCGAAAGAUCAAGAAAGUCCAAGAUCACCUAGGAACGGUCAAGGAAGGGGAAUCGCAAGAAGGACGGAAUAUAAACACAAAGCAAGCACGAAAGGGGAUUUCUUGCCAUACAGUAGCCCUAGUACGCCGGUCGUGCAUUUGAUGAGCGACGACAAUUUAUCUCCACGCGGAGGGCGCCAGUCUCUUGGAGACAUAAACAAUAUUCUUUCUCCACAGCGUGCAAGAAAGACUUCAAUUGUUUCAACGAGGAAAAAAAUACCCAUAAGAGACGAACUCAAAAAAGAAAGCGCUUUGAGAGUCGACGGUAAAACGUGCCCGAAAAAUGAGAGACUGACGAGUCGUGCGACCUCUUCAUUUCGACCUCAUCAGAUGAACAAGGAUGGGUUUCUAAGGCCACCAGAAUCUAGGACAAAAAGAGAUUCCUUAUACGAUCUGCAGCAAAUUCUAUCGAUGCUUAACACGGAGGACAAAUCGUCGAACCCUUCUGACUCGAGUAAGCGCGAAAAUAGGUCUUCUUCCGUGUAUGAUCUGCAAGAGUUCCUUAAGAUGUCCUCGUUCGGUGAGCAGCCCGCAUCGGUGACCUCCAACAGUAAACAAAGCAAACACAGCUCAGUUGGUGCUGAAUCUCUUCUAGUACCGCGUCUUGUCGAGCCUGGGAACAGAAGGGGAUCUACUUACGAAUUACUGGAAUUUUUGAAUCAAUUAAAUCUUGCUGCAGCCAAAACUAAAGGUCCCCCCGGAAAGGGCAGUGAAAAUACUACUGUGGGCCAGAAACAAACUGAAAAUGCUCCUUUUCUUAGUCCUGGAGACAGCGAAAACACAUCUACCCAACGAAGACCGUCUGCUUACGAUCUAAUGGAGUUCUUGUCUCUAUCGCGCGGUAGUCAAAAUGAAGAAACUACGAACACUGACGGUACUAGCCAGACACAACCUGUGCUUAAAUUGCGCGUAAACGCGGGAUCUGAACAAGGUGAAACCAGGAAAGCUUCCGUCUAUAAUCUAGAGGAGUUUUUAGGGAUACCUAAGAACGUACCGACGACAGGUUCAAUGGUCUGUGAUUCAGAGGCAACACCCACACCAAAUACUCCUCUUUUAUCUCCUAAUUUUGCAUCAAAAUUUAAGUUCAAACGAGAAUCGAUAUACGAUUUACAAGAAUUUCUGGGUAUCCUCCAAAAGGAAACUGACGGGAAACAAAAUAGUAGUCAAGCUACGGAUGAAGACAAGAAAACCAGUAAACCAAUCGAACACCCUGGAAUGGAACACCACCCAGGAAAAGAGCACACGGACACUCUCUCUGGUGCCGAACCACAGAAAAAUCGCUCACUUUCUAUCUAUGACUUACGGGAAUUUUUAUCAAUGCAUGCGAGUCAAUCUCAAAGUCAAAGUCAAAGUCGCGGCCGAAAAGCAUCGAGUAUUUCUCAGACUUCUAUCAUGAUAAAUGUCUCUGAAGAUGAGUUUGGAAAUGGUAGCGUGGAUGACGUUUUUCUAGCUGUGCCUGUCGAGGGCGCCUUAGCAAGAAAGAGAAGUUCUGUAUCAGAACUGAGCGAGUUGCUAAAUAUUCUCAACGAUCCUUCUAGGAAAAGGAUUCACUCGAAUGUAUCGUCAGCAAAAAGUACUAGCAGUGAGCGUAGUUCAGUUGCGCCACCAUCACCGGUCUCACGACACGACUCUAGUGGCGCGAAAUCUCUGUAUGACCUAGGGGAGUUUCUUAGCGUACUCAAUUCUGACGAUUCACCUCUGCGACGGAGAUUAUCUAGUGUUUCGGAUCGAGGGAAUUGCACUCCUUCGGGACUUUCGAGACACGAUUCGAGUGGAGGGAGCUCGCUUUACGAUCUUGAAGAAUUCUUAACGAUACUAAACGAUAAUGGAAAGGAAGAAAAUGAAAGCAUGGAAGAAAACAAUGGACAAGAGAUUUGUAUCCCAGUUCCUCAACUUCCUUCUCGCUCAGAAAGAAAUGGCAGCGAGAGAAUGACUUUAGUAAAACGUACAAGUCUCACAGCGUUGAACAGUUUACCAGAAUCGACUGACAUCGUUGGAAAAGCUGAGGAAGGACGCAGAAAAUCCCUUGGGCACUGUUUAUGAAUAACAAUAUCUCUCAUUGAAUCAUUUGCAGUUAUUUCAAUAAGAAUGUUCAUGCUGAAAAUCUCAUUUUUAUUUUAUUUUAAAUUGAGAUUUCCGUGUCUUGGAUGUUCAGACAGUUUGGUUCAUUCUUUGACGACACCGUGUGUCCGGUCUUUUGUAUACUAUUAUAUAAUGAGUUGUCUUGUUACCUCCCAGGAGACCCAUGCAUGCAUCAAAGCAAUGAAAAUAAAAGCAAAACUCUUAAAAUAAAAUGUAUAUAUUUAUUGCAAAACAAAGCCCGCGGUCUGUGAAUCGCCAAAAACUACCCCGCUUAGCAUUAGACACAAAAACACAAUUUAGUAAAAUAAUAAAUAUUUGACUAUCGAAAUAUUCCCCGGAUCUUCCUUAGAUAAGAACAAGAGAAUUUCUAGAACAGAAUGGAAGCUAUGAAGAGUGCUUCCCUUGAUAGAAAGAGGAAUAAAAUUGGUGAUAUAUAAUUGAAAA